AUGAUCCCAUUCAGCUUGGCGGCAGUGACGUUCACCAAACUCCUGUUCUUCCUCCCUUCUUCUCACCUUCCGUGUCUCUCUCCCCUGAUCCUGGGUGCAUCGCCAUCAGCCACUCAGCCCCCAUCUCCCACCGAGCCUCCGGUCCGCCUGGUCAUUCUCUUCUCUAUCACAUUUUGGCAUCUCGAUAUCGGCAGCGCUCUCGAUCGCUGGCGAUCGACACUGCAGUCCAACAAGCGUGGUUCCCCAGCCGACGCCCCGAACGAAGCUAACGAAGCUAACGAUCUGGCCCGCUGCCCUCUCCGUCUCAGUCCGGGCGCGUCGAGACCCCCUCCUCUCCACCCCUCUUUCACUGGCCCUUUGGCCCAUCCGAGAAAAAGCACUGGAAAACCGGCCACCAGAGUCGAACAAACCCUGAGUCGAUUCAUCCCGCAAAAGUCCACCCGUCAUAUUCAAACAAGCCGGCUGGGCGUGAUUUCUGCUGAGAGCGGGACAGCGCAUCGCCUCUUUGUUGUCCGCGUUGGCCCUGGAAUAUGCACCAUGUCCAGCAGCGGUGUCGAAGAGCAGCCUGGUAUUCUUCGGAACCCCGAUCCGCCUUCGUUCGGGCGUCAAUCCUCGGCGCCCGCUCUGGGCCAAUCCGCGCGCCCCAGCUCCUCAUCCUUUGAACCCUCCCCGAGCGCUCUCUACCCGGCGAAUCCCACGUGCUUCUCGUCAGAGUCCAAUCCAGACUCCGCUUGGGGUGACGACGCAGGGGAAAACGCACACUUGGGUGUAGACGGGCGCUCGUCUCCAGAGCCUGACGACUUCUACCGGCAUGAGGGUCUGCCCACGGCAACUGACAGGGACAUUGGGUUGAACGAUGUGACAAAUGCAAGGAUGGCAAUCGGCCAUGACAACCUGACGGACCGAGUGUCCCCGUUGCCAACAUUAUUGUCAACUGACAGUCUCAGUCGCGCUCGUGGGAGACCACCAGCAUAUCGGUCAACAUCUGAUUCGCCAGUCACCAGAGGUCUCUCGUCAGCAGCAUCUUCCUCUUCCACAGCCAGAGCCCGACAGCCUUCCUUCAAAGACCUGAUCCAGAAGUUCAACAAGGCCUCGGACGAGAUCCUGCCUUUACCAUCCUCCGUUUCCCGAACAACCUCACGAGCCCCUAGUCCAUCGGGCGGUCUGGAGAGCGAACCCCAGUCGAGAAGCUUACCUCGCCGGUAUCACCUUCGCGACGAAUAUCCGACCCUAGGCACAAUCCCGGAUAAUCGUACGGUGCAGAUCGAUCUUGCACCUUCUCUGUGCGGAAUUGAACGGACGGGACCCGGUUCACUGUCUGAAGAUACUGUCGUCGCACCUCCUCCACUCUCGCAACGUAUUCCGAAAUCGCAUCCUCGGCGGCCGCUCUUUGGAGAGUUGCUGUCACUCAACACCCAGCUGAACACCGCAAGACUUGGGAUUCCGUCGCACGUCCAGCGUCGAGGCUCUGAGGGAAGCCUGCCCAGUCCCAACCCGGCCUUUCUGGACCAAGUUCAGCUUCCUCGCGCUUGCUCGCCGCUGACCCCAACCGCGUGGUAUCGAGGAGAGACGAGCUCGUUGGAAGCAGUGCAGCCGGCGACAAACGGGAGACACACUCACCACCGUAGGGUGCGCAGCGAUCUUUCGGGCAACCCUCUCAGAGAGCCCCUUGCCGAUCCGUGGAUGCCGGAAAUGGCCAUCCCUGGGCCCUUGCCGCAGACGAAGCCGGGAGAUCGGUCUCCCGGAAGCCCAAAUUCCAGAUCCCGCAUUCCUGUUUCAUCAGCCCGACUGCCUAUUGCUUCCGACUCAACAAAUCACUCUCCAUCUUCGAAUUCCACCUUCAGCAAACGGUCUUCCGCCAUUCCUCUGGCCCCCAAGGGUAGCAGUCGUCUUCCGAAGCCGACCGAAAGAGACAGCCCGCCCCGCUCGGCGGAGAUCGGAUCUGCUUCUUUUGCGAUGACGGCGCGCGGAAGACGGGACAUGACGAUCAGCCGAAGCCGUACACAAGUACCGGAACAGAGUCAGCGCCUUCAGGCCUACAUUGCUGCACCACCUCCCAAGAAAUCGCCACCUUUGCGUAGCUCCCGCCCUCGCCAGCCAGUCUCUCACGGGGGCCCUAUCUCCCCACGGUCUCGAAUCGAAGACCGAAUCUCAACAUUGCAACGGCAUACCGGCCGUGAUCACGACUCCGCCCGGAGUCCUCGAGUCCGAUCCAGACGAUUUGCCGAACUAGGCAACGUCGAUUUUGAGACUCGUCGACAGCGGAUUCAACAGGCCUUCAACCGAACAGUUCAGGAAAAUGAACGAAAGGAGGAAGCCGCUGCUCAAAUUCGACGCCAGGCUCAGGAACAGCAAUCGACAGAAGCCGCGGAGAAAGCAAAUACCCCUGUAGCCGGGCAAGUCCCAACUUCCCCCGCCCGGGUUGAGGGAGAUCUCUCCUUGGCGAUAUCCGAGAUGUCGACGGCGGCGGUAGCCCAGCCAGUCGGCGUGCCUGCAGUGGAGGGGCAAGCGACUGCCCUUCCAAAGUUGCACCUGGACACGACCAUGAGCACGACGGAAACCCAUGUGCCACAUACAACGAUGGACUCGCCCACGCUGGGAACGGUCGAUGGUCCUCACGAACUAGCUGAUCCAAUCCAAGACUGGAGCCAUAAUUAUGACGUUGAACCAAACUCAGCCGUCUCCGCUACCUCGAGCGGCACUCACGUCACGCAAUUCGACCCAGAGCCUCAAUCGGGCUUCCUUGAACGUAAACCAAGCUUGUCUAACCGGACUCUUUUGAACCAGAUCAUGCAGAUCCGCGAAUCAAGCUCGAGCAGCGAGUCCUGCGAUGAACCCGAUUGCAGUCUCUCAGAGACGGAUGAUAAGGCGUCGAUCAAGAUUAUGCUUCAUGAGCCCCCAGUCUUGGACUCCGCCGACAGUGGACAUACCGAAGAGCCUCCGGCUGUGGCUUCGCAGGCUGAUCGAUCCAUGAAUGACACGCAACAUCGAUGGAGUAUAAGCUCAUGGGACUCAUCGAUGCACAAUAAUCAAACGUCGACGUGUGAUGAGCAAUGUGAUGACAGCGGAGAAGACGCGGGCUUCCAAGACGAACAGGCCACUGGUGUACUGACGCAAUCUUGCUCUGCGACUUCGCUGAGUGCCCCUUCAUUCGACGACAUCGACCACGAAUCUCCCAUCCAGGGCGACAUCGGUAUCAUGGGUCCUGAUACCGUCGAGUUUUCCCAGCUCAAGCGGUAUUCCCGGGCAUUCUCUACGCCUCCGAGCCUUGUAAAACAAGGACGGUGGGAUUCUCGUCGAGUCACGCAGUUGUACCUGGAGGAACUGACGCGAGGUGGUGCCAAUAAUACCACCAAUUGGCCGAGCACCGGAACUAGCGCGGAAAUUCAUUCUGCCACAGCUCCCCACGUAACGCCAUUUGCUCACUCUCAGGCCCAUGGCCAAACGAGCGGUAUCACGGACGAUCCAGUCGUGAUUCCGAAGUUUCAUGAAUUCCCAGGUGCAGGUGGCGCAUCAGAGUUCCAUGAAGUAUUGAGGUCAGACGCUCAACCAUCGCAACAGUACUACCCUUCCGCCACGUUGGCUGGACCAGGUGACUGGGAGCACGCCUCCCCAUCGAUGGUCGAUUGGAUGCAGGUUGCUGCGGAAGACGGUGCUUUGACUCCUGGAAAUGAACGGGAUAUUGCGGACGAUCUUUUGACCCCGCGCCUCCAGAAGGGGCCAGCGGAACUAGAAGCCUCCAUUAGCCAUGACUCGGGUCUUGGGCUGUCAUUUGGCGGGGAACCGUCUGCCCGUGAUCCGGUGGAAUUGCCCGCGAGCACGUCUCACGAUGGCGUUGACUUAAAUGGCAAGUAUAAGGCCCUGCCUCACCUACCCUCGAUUGCUGUAUCACACAGUAUUCGGAGUAGCCAAGACUCCUCGUUCCCUCGUGAUAAUCUCAUAUCGUCGCCUCGAGCACCAGAUUCAUCUGCUACAUCACUGGCACCAUCGACAGAACAGUCCAUGCGGGAGGAACCGCGCGGGACCCCAUCGCCGGAGCAGAAGCAGCUGAAAAAACGGCGCAACGUCAUCAAGGAGCUCAUCGACACUGAAUACACCUUCGGCAAAGACAUGAAGGUUGUUGACGAUAUCUACAAAGGCACCUCGUCCUCCUGCUUGGACUUAUCGGCAGAAGAUGUCAAGAUCUUGUUCGCCAACUCGGAUCAGAUUACGCAAUUCUCGUUCAACUUUCAGGACACAUUAAAACGAGCCGCUCGCAGUGUCUACAUCAUGCCGAAAUCCCAGCGCUGGACCAGCAAGCGGAGUGCACGUAACGCUCGUUCAGCCAAUACGUCAGAGGACCCGGCAGGCAGCGAUGCGGGUGCGUCGGACCUCGAGAAGGAUCGUGCCACUGCCAUUGGGGAGGCUUUUCUAAUGCAUAUGUCUCAAAUGGAGAAGGUCUACGCGGAGUAUCUGAAAAAUCAUGACGCUGCUAAUAAGAAGCUUGAAGUCCUUCAACGCAAUCCCAAAGUGUCCAUCUGGUUAAACGAAUGUCGAGAAUGGGCGUCAGACCUCACCUCUGCAUGGGAUCUUGAUUCCCUCAUCGUCAAACCUGUGCAGCGCAUUUUGAAGUAUCCGCUUCUCUUGUCCGAGCUUCUGGCCUCCACCUCGCCCGACCACCCUGACCGUGACAAUAUUCAGAAGGCUCUCCAGGGCGUCACUGACAUCUCCGUUCGCAUCAAUGAGAUGAAGAAACGUGCGGAUUUAGUCGUUCAGGUAGUCGGCCGGAAACGCAAUCAGUCGGAUGUUCGGACGGGGUUAUCCAAAGCUUUCGGUCGCCGCACAGAAAAGUUGCGCCAGCAGGUUGGCAUAUCUGAGAUGUUUUCUGACAAGGAGUAUGAGUACUUGUCACAGAAAUUUGGUGAACAUUUCGCAGAGUUGCAUGUGAUCAAGAACGAUGUCUUGCUUUAUAAGGAAGGGAUGCAACGGUCUGUUAGCCAGCUUGGGACGUGUGUGCAAGCAAUUGAAGGAGUUAUCGAUGUGUCGCAAUCCAGUUACCAAGAACUGGAGCGGAAGUGGCGCCGAUUCAACGCGACAUUCCAGGAGAUUGUGACGGUUGCGCUUCCUGAACAUCUUGAAUUGGUGACAAAGAGGAUACAGGGUCCCUUUGAUUCGAUCAUUCGACUCUACCAAGGGCCCGAGCGAGUAAUGAGGAAGCGCAACAAACGACUUCCGGAUUACGCGCGCUUCAAGGCCGCCAAAGACCGUGGCGACAAGCCUGACCGGAAAUCUACUGAACAAGGAGAGCAAUUCAUAGCUUUGAAUGAGACCUUGAAGGAGGAGUUGCCCCAGCUCUUCGCCUUGACGGGCAAGCUUAUGGAAGCAAUCUUAACGGAUCUGAUCAAACUACAAACAACGUGGUGGAGCCUCUUCCAGUCGCGACUGGAAGAGCACGUGGAUGACUUCCCCGACGACGUUGGGAGGUUGAUCAAUGAAUGGACAAACGAUAACAGCUUUGCUGAAGCACAGGUCCGCUCCCUCGGCGUCUGCAAUGGCUCCUUACUCGCCGAGACUGUAAACCUGGUGAACUUCAACACAUCCUCCAAUGUCAAUUCUCCUCGUCGACCUUCUACCAUGAGCAGCUCCCACAAUCGACCAGGCUCAGUGACGGCGGAAUCUCCAAAGCUGUCGAGCGACUUCAGCAUGGGCGGGCUCUUCCAGUCGCCCAACCUGAGUAUGGCCAGUGUUAGCCGACACCGUGCGGAUUCUACCUUCUCCGGACGAGGUCCGUACCCGGAGACUCCAGAGCUGGGACGAAGCCAACUCCUGCAACAAGUGACAAAUACCAGUCGAUCCUCUUCCGACAUGCGACUGAGUAUUGAGCCAUUUCCUACUUUGCCGAGCCUGAGCCUGGAUGCGCCAUUCCUGGCCGACGUGAUGAGUGUCUCACGGAGCGAGACUGAAGCGCAGUCCAAUUCGCCCACUGAUCGAUUCUCCGGAUUCUUUUCCUCUGCCAUGCCCAUGUCAGACAAUCCGUAUGAAUCCGAGGCUCCUCGAGGUCCCAGAGCUCUCGCCGAGGGUGCCAAGGUCCUGUUCGUUGCAGCCAGUCUGUGCCCCUUUAAGAUCGAACCUCGAAGUGAGGCAGGGUAUCCCUAUCUGAUCUACGACACUGGGGCGGUCUUUGACGUCUACGGAGAGAAAGGGGAACUGUGGCUAGCUUGCAACCAGGAUGAGAAUCCAGAUGAGCCUUCCGCUGUGCAUACCGAGACCAACAGUCAUGGGCGGAGGCCAGAGAAGGAACGCACAGUUGGAUGGAUCUGGAGUAGACAUUUCGUGAAGCUGGCAUGA